UGUUAACCGGCAUGCUACGGCGGUGGACCAAAUCGCAAAUCGGUCAUCGAAGCUUGAAUCAUCCAAUUCACGAUCUUUGUUCAAUUGUGCUAUGGGCGGAAGCGAAAGAAAAUCCAAGGAGAAGAGGAAGCAUAGAAAGGCGGCUUCAUCUUCUGAAGUAAUCUAUGGUGGGUUGUGCUGCGUUUUGUGUUAAUGCUAUUGCUUGUAAAAGUUCAGACGAGAAGAGCAGCAAGAGACCAAGAGCUGCAGAAGAUGAGGAAAGGGAAAGCAGAAGGAGUGAUAAGAGAGAGAAGCGGAAGGAGAAGAAAUCUCACAAGCACUCUAAACGCCACUCAGAGAAGAAGUCAAAGGAUAUUCACAAAGGCAAGCAUCACAAGGGCGAUCACCUUUCAAGAGACAAAAUUCAAGAACUGUCGAAGGAAGACUAUUUCUCAAAGAAUAAUGAAUUUGCUACCUGGUUGAAAGAUGAGAAGAAUGUGUAUUUUUCUGAUCUUUCUUCGGAGUCUGCUCGUGAACUUUUCUCAGAUUUUGUUGAACUGUGGAAUGACCGAAAGCUUAAAUCUCGAUAUUAUGAGGGUAUUUCAAGUGGACCUCGGACAUCCCAUAACUGGAAAAUCAAGGAAUGAUAACUUAGCAAGCAUGGAUUGAACAAACAAAGAAACAAAUGAGCAUAUGUUGUCGGAAUUGUUGCAUUUUGGUUUUCCUGCUAUACUAGUAGUUAGUUUCCAGCCAGCUGAUUGAAUCUUCUUGCCAACACCGGAUGUGUAAGAGAGUUCCAUGUUUUCUGUAGAAUUUUAGUCUUACCUUUGCUUUUGAUAUGGAAUGGAAAACUUUUCUUAUUUUGAUGUAAUGGAAAACGUGGAAAUCAAUCUUAGUUUACAGACUAAAAUUAUUUAGAAA